GACUUUAAUGAACUAAACACCUUAACCUGAAAUAUAAAAAUUAAUAUGUCACUCUUGGAGGAUGUUUUUCUCCAAGAUGAAGCAAAUGAAGCCCAGGAAUUAGAAAGGGUUAUAGAAGGCGACGAAUUUGAAGAAAGACCUCGAUCAGAUAGCGAUGAAAACAGUGAAAAAGAAGACGAAGCAGAGGAAGAUAAAAGACGAGUCGAUCCAACAACAACUAAGACCAGACGCGUAAUUAAAAAUCCAAGGUUUGUUUUAAACCCAGCAAGGCUCAUGGGACCUAGGGGUAUACAAGUUAUACCUGAUCACUUCAAGGAUUUCAAAUUUAAAGGUAAGGGACACGAAAAAGAGGACUUAGAUUUAGUGCUCAAAAAGCUAGAACACUGGGCCUACAGAUUAUACCCUAAGUUUCAGUUUGAAGAUUGCUUGAAGAAAAUUGAAACACUAGGGAAAAAGAGACCUGUUAUGGUACAUCUGCACAAAAUAAGAACAGAUCAAUAUCUGACUGAGGAAACUGUGGUUCAAAAGGAUUCAAGUGAUGAGGAAGCACCCCCAGAGGAUGAAUUUGAUAAAUUACUACAACAACAAAUUGAGUUGGCAAGAUCAACUCCCGCCCCAGGGUCUGUUAAGAAAGUGCCGAUUAGCCCCAUUAAAGAAAACAGAUCUUUAAUUAUGCCAAAAGCGACAUCAUCACCAUCCAUCAGCGAAGAACAAAGAGAGAGAAUGUUGAAAAACAGAAAACUCGCCGAAGAAAGGCGCUUAGCACGACUUAAAAACCUUUCAAAUGCACAUAUUAAUGUUGCGGAAAGUCAAAGUACAGAAGUUAUAGAAACAGCAAAUCUACAAAAUGGUAAUGAUAAUACUGAAAAUAUGAAUAUUAAUCCAUUAACAGAUGAUAUAGUCGAAGUUAAUACAGAAAUACCAAUUAGAAGACACAAUAGAUCUAAUGUUAUCGACAGUUCAGACGAAGAUGAAAUAAUGACAGUUAAUGAAUCAAUUACGGCUGAUGUACAUAUACACAGGCCAAUAGAUCAUGGGCCAAGAAAAGUUAAUUCUAUCACUACAGAAAAAGCUCAAGAUAAUGACAUUGUUACUGAAGAUAUUGAGCAAGUUCCAGAGAAUUCCCAUACAGAGAAUACAAAUACAUUAAAACAUGAUUUAAUUGAAAGUGGAAAUAAUGAUUCUGAAAAUGUUACAAAGAAUGAUAAUUCUAAGGACAAAUUAGAAAAAACACCAUCUUGUAAUAAAAAUGACGAUAAUGACAUUAUUACCGAAAUGAUUGAAGAAGUUCCAGUAGAAAGUAGAAUUAGUCAUUCAGAUAUUGUUGAAACCGAUAUACAAGAAACAGAUAACAUUAAUCAAAUCAUGAACUUGACUGACAGUAAAAAUUUUGUAUCUGUAGAAGACCAAGUAAAUAUUCUUAAUCAAGAAACAGUUGUUAAUCAUAAAGAUGAUGUUGAAAUUAUUGAAGAUUUAAUGGAUGUUGAUUUUAGUGAUGAUUUUUAAAAUAAAACUGAAAAAGUAAGUUG